AUGGUUGUUAUGGAUGAAAGGGGAGGAAAGAUACAUGCCACAAUCAAGCGGCAGCUGUUAAGCAUGUUCAAAUCAAUCCUGAAAGAAGGUGUUGACUAUGUGAUGUCUAACUUUAUUGUUGGAUACAAUAACGGCAAGUAUAGAACAACAAAGCAUAAGUACAUGUUGAACUUUAUGACAAAAACCUCUGUGGUUGUAUGUGCUCAUGCCAACAUUUCAAGAGAUGGGUUUGUAUUUGUGCCUUUUGCUGAAAUUAUUUUAGCAAAAGAUGAGACAUAUUUUGUUGAUGUUAUUGGUGAGGUUGUUGGGAAAGGCGUUAUAAUUGAGAGUGGAACUGAAGAGAAAAAAACCCGAAGAAUGGAUAUUUUGCUUGAGGACUUAGAGAAGAACAAAUUAUCCUGUACUUUAUGGGGUGAAUUUGCAGAUAAAAUGCAUUCCUAUAUGGUGGAGGAAAUACCAGGGCCCAUAAUUAUUAUUUUACAGUUAUGUCGUGUUAAAAUAUUUAAAGAUGAGGUUAAGAUAUCGAAUGCUUAUUUUGGGACAAAAUUGAUGAUCAAUCCAGAUAUUGCAGUUGCUAUUGAGUUUAGAAACAAACUUUUCAAUGGAGAAGAGUCUUAUUCUCAGAGGAUCAGUCAAAUAUCGAGCCAAUCAACUUAUUCAAUCAUGGAUAAUUUUCUAAAUCAGAUUGAAAGGAAGACCAUUGAUGAAAUUAUUGAGUCUGUUGAGGUUCAAGUGAAAGUGGGUGAUAAGACUGGCACCACUUCAUUUCUAAUAUUUGAUCGUGAAGCUGUGCAAUUUCUAGGAAAGACUGCUUCUGAAAUUAGAGAUAGGAUAGUAGAGGAUGGACUUGAUGACACUUAUCUUUUAGAGCUAAAUGAAAUACUGGAAAAGAAAUUAUUGUUCAAGAUUCAGAUUAAGCAAUCUAACAUUGAGAUGAAGGAUCGUUGGCAAAUUUAUCCAGUUGUCAAGAUAAUAGAUAAUCUGAAAUUGAUUGACAGAUUUAUUGCAACUUCUCAGCCUGAACAGGACUAUGGUGAACAACUGAUAGAAAACUUAGAUGUUACAUCUAACAAUGUUGCUGAUAAUUUGAAGGAGUCGGUUUUAUCCGAAACAGAAGUGAUAUCUCCAAAUAAAAUAUCAAUGAAGCAUCUGUCUACUGAAAGAGUAAAUGAAAGCAUCAGUGAUGAAGAUCUAUCUGCACAACUCUCAACCAACAAAAAAAUGAAGAAAAUCAAGCAAGAGAAGGAAUAA